UCGUUGCUGAUUGAGCUCCACAAUACCAUGCUACCAAAAUUAACCUAUGAAUAUGCCCUGUCUCCGUCCCUCUGCUUUGUGCCUUCCUUUGCUUUGCUUUGUGCUUCGCGGCUAUAAGACACGCCGGCCCAAGAACGCAUGCAACACCACUCUGCAUCUUUCUUCCUCCUUGUCUUCGUAUCAAUCUCCAGCUAAGGCUCCGAUGAAGGACCGCGCCGGCUUCCACUUCUCCAUCGGCUGCAUGUCGCAGUCCGCCGUCGCCGUCGCCGACCCGCUCCGCAAGAAGCCACCAGCACCGGCGCCGCAGCAGCAGGCCGAUAACCCCUCCUCCUCCUCCAUCACCACACAGGACAGAGCACCCCGAGAGGAAGGGACCGGCGGUGAUGAGAAGGCAAAAGAAGGGAUCGUCGCAGCAGGGGUGCAGCGGCUGCUCAAGGGGAUCAAGACCUUCUUCGCGGCGUACGACGGCGAGGAAGAAGAAGAGGAGGAGGAGCGGGAGAUCGUGAUCGGGUACCCCACGGACGUGCAGCACGUCGGGCACAUCGGCUGGGACGGUCUCAACAAGGUGGGCGGCAUGGGCAUGGUCGGCGCCUUCUCUGUGCCCUCCUCCCUCCCUCUCCGCCAGCUCGAGAUCGCCAUGGACCCCGGCGCCGCAACCACCACCUGCACCAACUGAUCCCUAAUUCUCCAUUGCGUCAUAGGAGACCUCAAGCUCAAGCAACCGCUGUUACUCCCAGUAAAAAAAAAUUACAUGAAUGAAUGGCGCACCUACUAAGAAGUCGCCUCACCCGGAUUGCAAGUAUAUUGGUCCCUGAAGCACCUCAGAUCACUGAAUCCGAUCAUGGUGAUCACGAGUGGCUGUUCGAUGACUGUAGGCAUAGUACGCACCCAGCCAGAGAAGCCCAAGAUGGAGGAGACACGGAGGCCCCGACGGAGUGGACGAGACUUGCCAGCUCCCCUCUCGUGUGUCCAUCCGUACUCCCGGAUACGUGGCUUGAUUUGAUUGGAACAAAAUAAGACCCGGCCCCACCUCCUUAAAAUCUGGGGGGAAAUGAUUAGAUUAGAAAGGAAAAAAGAAAAAAGACAGCCGUUGGAUGAGGUGGGAGCACGGAUAGGAGUAUGAGAAGGGAGCAGGCAAGCCGGAUCCCGACGGAGUGUGGGCUGAGGCUGUGAAGACCGACCCGGCUGACGUCAUCGCUCUGGUCCAUGUGGUUCCUUUCUGAUACGAUGCUGCCUCGUGGAGCAUUCAGCGCACCAAGUUUGCAACUACCCCCUAGCUAGUUUCUUAGCACUGCACUGUGUAGUUACCUUGACUUUUCCUUGUGUAUAUAACUCUUCUUUUAGUA